AUGGACUGGGAUCAUUGUGCAGAGGAGCAGUCGCAGCGACUUUUUGCCAGCUGGCUAAGAAUCCUCCUGGGAGCAUCACCGGCCUUGGCCCUCAAGCUGGCAAAGAAGCAUCGGCCCGAUCAAGAACCAACAGAAGCCUCAAGUCUUAUCACUGGCGCCUUCAACAUAUGCAGCAUAGUCACUUUUGAGGAUGGUUUCAAGGUCAUUGUCCGGUUCCCAAUCUUGGGCCGAAGCAGGUUUCGGGUUGAAAAGACAAACGACGAGCUCCUUGUCAUGGCAUAUCUCACCCCACGGACAAAGAUUCCGAUCCCGCAGAUUCUCGGUACCGGCAUGUGGGCCUGUGGCCCUUAUACUGUUUCUACCUUUGUCGAGGGCACUCUUUUGUCCAAGUGCCUGCCGAAUCCUGGCUCAGGCGUCUCCUCUCCCGAACUAAGUCGAGCCUAUCGGGCAAUGGCGGACAUUAUGCUGGAGCUCUACAAGCUGCCAUUUCCACGCAUAGGAGCCAUCGGCCAUGAAGUUGACCAGUGGAAGGUAGCCAAGCGACCUCUGACGCUCAACAUGAACGAGCUUGUCCGCGUUGGCAACUACCCGCCAAGCGAGUUUGCCCAACCCAGCUUCCAGACAGCGUCAGAAUACUUUGAAGAGCUUGCAAGGCAACAGUAUCUUCAUCUCAAAUACCAGCGCAACGAUGCUUUUCUUGAUCGGUAUCGGCCUCGCCUUGAGCUUUUCCUCAGAGAGAUGAAAGCCUGCGAGGACGAGCGCAUAUGCGCGGGGACCUUGGAAGAGUCGGAGCGGCUGUCAGAACCAAUGGCACAAUCCAUGGCAAAUGGCAUGUUCUGGUUCUGUCUUGCGGUGAGAAAGAGCUUCAUGUUUGAUGACAUUUACUGGACCUUUCUUGAUGAAAAGUUCUAUGGUCCUCUCGGCGUGCUAGAAGAUAGGUUGUCUCUACUGAGUGACGAGGAGAAGAGCGGUCUUGACGGGUUUGUCAAGUCAAAGAUGCAACAAAGCAGCGAGUGUUGUUUGGAUGAGCAUCUGACGUUGGACGAGGUUAUGGAGCUUUGA